AUGAACAGUGAUUUCGAGAGUUUCAAAAAAUUAUUUGAUCGAUAUGCGAAAAAAUCGAAUUCUCAGAGUGUGAAAUGCCUUGAUAAAGUUUAUUCAACUUUGAUUCUAGAGUAUCAUUCAUUAAUAAAUUCAUAUAGAAAAGAUAAUUUUGGAAUAGAAAAGAAAAAUAUUGUAGAUUUUCUUGAUCUCGAACAAAUUAAUCAUCUCUAUACAAUAUUGGAGAAAACAAAUCGCGUUGAUCUCAUUCAGCAAGGCUUAAUGCAGCAUUUUCAUGGAUUGCCGAAGUAUCGGCAGGAGGAACUGAUUUCGGAUUUCUUUGCUAUGAAUCCUUCGAAUCGUCAUUCUCGGAGUGUCGAAGAUAAACCUUCCAAAAUCAAAGAGCCGGAACCGCUCGAUUCAGCAUUGCUCGCUUGGCAAACAACUAAACAAAAGUUGACAGUUUCAAGAAUAAAAAACGACUCGUCAUGGGAAAAAAUGAAUGUGAUUGGAGAACAAUUCUAUCAUUUGAAGAAAUCGACAAGGAAAUUAUUUGAACAAAAACUAGUGGAAUAUUGCAAUAGAAAUAUCAAGGCGUUAAUUGGAGAAGAGAAAUUCGAAGAACUCGGUAAUAUGUACAAUGAUAGCGAGCAAGCCGAGCACAUCAAUAAUAAAUAUACAAUCAUAAUCAGUAGUUUAGAAAAUGAAGAAGAUCGACUAACAGCAGAUCAUUAUGGAAAAUUUUGUGCGAAAAUAUACCGAAUUGUUCCCUACAAACACGCUGAUUUAAUGUCAUGGCUGGAUUAUCGACAAAAACAGAAAAUCGCAUUAAUGAUACAAGACGAUCAAGUUAACGAUGAGGUAGUCUAUGACCAACUCUACAAGUUUUAUGACGAAACUCGGGGAAUUGCCCGGGAAGAAGCUGAAGAGAUUAUAACAUCGGGAUGUCGAAGAUUCAUUUCCCAUCUUUUGGGGGAACAAGUGAGCGAGGAUGUCGAGGAAAUGCGAGUUGCUCGCAAUGUGUCGCCACAGUACAUCGCUGCAUAUUUAAGUGUAAAACGAAAAGAUAUCAAUUUAGGCGAUACAAGUCGAAAGAAACGGGUCGACGAAUCCUUGUCAAUAUGCAAGAGAAUCUACUUGGAAUACGAUGGAAAAUGUGAUUGCAACAACAACUCGGCGAAAUGUGAUCUCGAAACUCACGUGUGUCUUGAUUGCGCUAAUAAUACUCAAGGCUAUCAAUGUGAAAGCUGUGCGAAAGGAUUCGCAUAUUCCGAGAUAAAAGGUGGAUGCGUCGAGAAGGAAGCAUGCAAUUGCAACAAUCAUACAGACACUUGUACUGAUGGAAAAUGCUUGCAUUGUGGAGAGAACACAAGUGGAGAACAGUGCGAAUUGUGCAUUUCUGGCUAUUAUGGAGAUGCGACGAAAGGAACUCCAAACGAUUGCAUUCAAUGCCCAUGCCCAAAACACGGAGAAUGUGUGAUUACUGAAAAUGGAUUUGUCGAAUGUACUGAUUGCCCGAAAGGUUUCAUUGGAGAAAAUUGCGAAAUCGAGGUAAAAUUUUGA